AUGAACAUGCGGAUAAAAAGAAACACACAGGAAUGUUUAUACGAAAGAAAGAACAAAGAACAAGCAAACAGAAGUACUAAAAGCAUGUCCAUGCGGCUACUAGCAAAAGUGCUUCUUAUGUGCAUGCUUUUAUCUAUACAGAAUGUCUUUGGAUUAUUGAACAGAAAAGAUAUGGAAGAAGUGCUAGAAGAAGUAUUAAGUAAAACAAAAGAUGCUAGUAUGUCCAAAAUGAAUCGGUAUUUUAGCCCAAUUCUGCUGGAUUUAUAUAGGAAGAUAGACAUUCUUCAUAGUGUGCGAUUUAAUCCUCAAUACAUAAAUGAACAGGCUGCUAUGCCAAAGGAAGAAAAUAUUCUACAGGAAAUAGACCGAACAAACGACAGAGUCAAAGAAGAGGAUUCAGAGGGAAAUAAGAUGCCAAAGGAAACUGUGGACCACUACAAUGCACUGAUUAACAUGUUCCCUUCUCCAUCUGGAGAAGUAAGCAUCUAUCCGAAAGAAGGCUGCAAAGACUCUUUUACUUCUUUCCUCAAAAGCAAACAUGUAGAGGAAUAUGCACAUAGAAUUCUUGCAAUACUUCUUAUUCGGGCAGAGGGUGUGCCUGUGCCGCUGAUAAUUGAGAAUGAGGAAAGCGCUUGCCCAAAACUUGUGUACACUAACGAACAAAAACCAGAGCAAUCUUUCAAUAUUCCCAUAGACAUUGCUAGUGCGGAAUGGAAGGGUAGAAGAAACCCUGAUAAAGGUGAAGAAGCAAAUAUAAAAAAAGUUAACAGUAGACUACUGCAGACUAUUAAGUAUUUUAUUAAUGCACAAAUUAUCAAUCCAGAACUUAAGAAGAGGAAGAGAAAGAGUAUAUUGCUGCCAGAGUCAGGUAAAAAAGAAAAUUAUUGGGAGAACGAGUUUACUAAAACACCCGCUUGGCUUAUACAAUCAUAUAUAUACUACUAUCUGGAAACUAAAGAAGAGGCAAUUAAACUCUAUGGUGAGAUAGACAAAAAAUUAAAGUCUUGCAUAGAUUUGUAUCCAGUAUAUAACUAUAGCUAUAUUGCAGGGGAUUUCUUUGACAAAUCCUUUACAUCUAAAGAUGUGCAGUCAGAGGAACUUGUGUGGUGGGAAAAAGUAAAAAAACUUGAAGAUAUGGUUGAAGCUAAGAAAGAAGUCCAGCUGUAUCCCUUCGCGGAUAAUAGUCAUCUACCUAACAAAGAAAUAGUUAAUCUGAAUAUCCAAGGAAAUACAUAUUUGGAAACAAAAGUAAUUUCAAGUGAUAUAGAAUCUGUGUUACUUACUCUAUUAUGCUGCUUUGUAUACGACCCAGAAACGAAUACAUACAAUGUUAAUCAAAUUCUGGGCGCGAAGGAAGAAGUAAAGAGUCUGUUUGGCAUGCCAUCUAAAAGCAUAGGUACUUCUAGAAAUUUAUCUAAAGUGAACAGAAAUUCAGCCACGAGCAGCGCACCAAGCAAGGAUAUGCCUGUUAUUCGGGUAGGGCAGGAAAUACCACAAGAAGUUUGGAGUAGGUGGAGUGAAAUAGUCCAGAAUGUAGUGAAAAAUGAUGAAGACAUAAGUUAUAUAAUCCUAGAAAACAAUAGGUGUAUGAUUAAACCCGACAUCUUUAAUAUUCUCAUAAUAAUGAUAAAAGUUACAGGAAUACAUUAUUCUAACUAUAAGCAUGUCAUACAGGUAUAUAAAGAUAGGAAGAAAAAUAUAACAUUAAUUAAUAAUGCUCAUCUGAUAAAUCCCCUUGCAAACGAAAUUGCAAACUAUGCAGCAUAUGUAUUUUCUUGCAUAUGUGGAGGGUUCUUAUGCGAUAUAACAUUUCCAGAAUGGUGCAAGAUGCCUUCUAUACCUUCUAAAGAUAAGAAAGAAAGAAGAAUAUGUGUGAAUUUUAUAAAUUGUGCUAUUAAGAAUAUAGGUGCUGGAAACGAUUUGACUGGAAGCAUAGAGAUUUACUAUGCAACAGAAAAUAGUGCACGGCCAAUAAUUAUUCAUUUUGCUGCACCAGAAAAAGCUCAUUUAGAAAUUGGCAGCUAUGCUGUAAAAUCAAACAAUUCAAUUAUUAGUAAUUUAAAGAAAGAAAUAUGCACAAUGCCAAAAAACAGCUAUAGUCUGUAUGCGCUUUCUAAAUACGCAGAAACUUUGGAGUUAUACACUCCAGACGAUGUGGUGAUUGAUAAGUUCUAUAUAGAAGAAGUAAACAAUCAUGCUAUAAGACUGGAAAAUAAGACAAUCCAGCCAUGGCAAUAUGCCAAUUGCACUGAAUAUGGUAUACCUUCAUCUAUGAUAAGUGAUAUAUUUAAGAAUGGGAUGGAUGAAAAAUACAAAUAUGACUCGCAAGAUUUAAAGAGCCUAAUACUCAGUAAGCCAGGGCUUAAUAUAAAACAGAUGAUGUAUUUAAUUGUCUGCAUAGCAAAAGAAGCCAAAGAUUUGGAAAAUAGUUUUUAUAAUGAAUGGGAGAUGAACAAACGCAUGAUAGAUUGCUGUGACAAGUAUACAGAUGAUUGUGCGCUCAGUUUUGUAGUGUUUUUACUUAAGCAUUUGAUAGACCUCAAUGCAGAUUUGGAUAUUGCAAAUGUAGUUGAAUUAUAUGCUCGGGUUUAUGGACACAGUAACAGAAAAUGCCUAAAUACUCUAUUUAAUAUGCUGUCGUUCAAGAAAAUAGACACAGCUAAAAUAAUUAAAUGCUUGGAAAAGUAUGGUAGUAUUAUUGAAAAAUAG